UACACGACUGCUACAUGUUGCUACCUUGACAAAACAAACUGGUGCUGCACUUAGAUUCUCCUACCAAUCCAGGAUUUACACGACUGCUACAUGUUGCUACCUUGACAGAAUAAACUGGUGCUGCACUUAGGUUCCCGUACCAAGCCAGGAUUUACACGACUGCUACAUGUUGCUAGCUUGGCAGAAUAAACUGGUGCUGCACUUUUGUUCCCAGGAUUUCCUGGACUGCUACAUGUAGCUACCUUGACAGAAAUACAGAACAAACUGCUGCUGCACUGAGUUUCCUUUCACUUCUUGUCAGGUCUUCAGAAGAAGAGGACAGUCAGAUGACUGAUUUUAUUGACAGUCAGGAAAGUAGAACAAGUCUUCCCUCAUUAGCCACCCACUUGCCAGAGUUAAUGGGCCGUGGGAUGGAUUUUGAAGAUGCUUUUGAUCACUACCUGUCCGUAUUUGUGAAUGGUGCUCUUGACUCGGACUUUUUAAAGCCUGAGUAUCUGAAGUUAAUGGAUCACUAUGAAUCUUUGAUUCAGCCAGCCGUGAGGAAGAUAGAAGGUGCUAUUCAGGCACGAGUGGGUGUUGUUUUCAGUUCAGCCUGGAAGGCAGACUUCAGGAAAGCCUUGCUGUCCAAGCCCUAUAUGAAGCUGGAGUCCAUGAGCUCUGGUAGCCAUGGAGAUUGUCAGGCGUGUAAGCUGCAAGAUCAUCCUUACUCAAAAAAGUGCACCUUUACCGGGCAGUGGUAUGACCCUGAGACUCUGGCAGAGGUGAACAAUGAAGAUGACAACAGCAAUGAAGAUGACAGCUCACAGGAAAGGCCUAUGGUGAUUGGAGAUAUCCCUGAGGUAUUUAAACUGGGAAGGUUCUGUGCCAAGAGAAGUUCAUAUCACCAUCAACUGAACCAUUACAGAUACCAAAUUCUACAGAAGUGUAAAAUGAAGGUAAACCAGGUGAAGGAAUGCAAGCUUAACAAAGAUGAUAAGGAUAUCUUUGAUCAGUGUAUGAGCAAUUCCCAAUGGAAAACAAAGCUGAGGGAAGAGUUGGAAGAUCUUCUGAAGAACGCAGAUUCAUACGUUGAUGAGAAGGACCAUUGGAAAUGACUCAGAAUUAAAUACAAAUUAGAUUGUUUGCAGUGCAUACAUGCACUUGUAGUUUUACACAUAGGAAACCUUAGCAUUACACCAGAUGUUUUACAUUAUCACAUGUACAUGUAUCAUUUGUGUAAUUAGAUUGUUUGCAGUGCAUACAUGCACUUGUUAGUUUUACACAUAUGAAACCUUAGCAUUACACCAGAUGU